UGGCAGUGGCAGUGACAGUGACAGUGACAGUGACAAUGAGAGUGACAGUGACCAAAGUACGUACAUUGCGGUAGAGAGCGAAUUGACAGGGAACCUGACCUAAAACAUACAUGUGCGUCUAUGGAAGAAUGGUAUAAGCAGAAACAUUUUCAAUGGGUUUUUUUCUGUAAGUUAUCUAGAUUACUUCCAAAGGGGAUUAAGGAUUACACUUCGAGCACCCUAAGCUCUUGACCACACUGCCUCCACAUAAAUGAUAAUCCUUUCUGUGUUUUCUUUACUUCUCAGUGUCAAGUCAUGCUGAGCGGGUGAUAAAAGAGGAAUCAUAUAAUUUCCGUUCUCCAAGGGUGUUAAGACAAAACGAACGCAGAAAGCUGGUUGAGACGUUUUGCCAAAAGACUGGGCACAAUUCCAUGCCAGACCCUUCUCACAUUGCAGUGAUCCCGUCUCUCAAAAUACUUUACUGCAUUACACCUAAAGUGGCUUCCAGGCAGUUGAGAGAAAUGUUGUAUCCAUUUGUUAAUAUAAACCAGCUGAGAAAUAAGCCUCUACUAAGUCGGUUUCCUCCACACCAGCAAAGGCAGAAGUGGGAAACAUAUUUCAAGUUUACGUUUGUUCGUGAGCCGUUCGAGCGCAUUCUGUCCGCAUACAAAGACAAGUUCGUUUAUCCAAGAUUUCCCCGCAAAAAACUUCAACUUCACGGCACAGCAAUUCUGAGAACCGUUCGUCCAAACGCUUCCAAGAGCGCACUUGAUAAGCUUGAUGACAUCACUUUUCGUGAAUUCAUUGAAUAUUUAGUAACCAAAGGAAGCAGCAAAAGUACGCCUGUUAUGGACUGGCACUGGGACAAUUACGUCAACAUUUGUGGAAUGUGUGCCGUCAACUAUGACUUUAUAGGUCAUUACGAAACUUUCGAUCAAGACUUGGCAGAUUUCAAAGAGGCUGCAGGGUUAUCGCCCCAACAGGCAAAGAAAUUCGAUGCUCGAGCCAACAAUAAAUCCAGUACCGCCUCCUCUAUGCUCAGUUAUUACUCGGAGAUUCCCGUAAAGUGGAUCAACAUCCUUGGGCGGUUGUACAGAGCCAACUUCGAGAUGUUUGGAUACAACUUCCCGGGACCUCUUAAGAGUCUUUUUGAGUAAAGGAAGAGAUUAUAGUCAGGAUGUGACAUUUUGAAGACUUUUUAGCUUUUUCCGUCUUUU